AUGGAGCAUCUCAUGCUGAAUGGAAUAUGGAAAGAGUACAGAGUAUGUGAUCAUCAUGGAGAGAGUGUGUCAGAUUCAGAAGACAGUGACGACAACAUGGAAGAUCAUGAUGACUAUGGUCUGCGUGAGAUGGUGAAUGAUUUUGGAAAUGCUAUGAAUGCCAACUUGGGAUCAUUUGAUGGUUCAUCACCUGGCUUGCAGGAUGACAUGACCGCAUCUACAGGUCCUACUGAAGAAGCUAGCAAAUUUUAUAGACUUCUUGAAGAGGCAGACAAUGAGCUUUACCCAGAAUGUAGUACCUUCUCUACACUAUCAUUCAUUGUGCAAAUGAUGAACAUCAAGUGCCUAUAUGAUUUGAGUGGAAAUGCAAUGGAUGCUCUAUUUACUCUGUUUUGGAAGGGAAAGGAGAUUGCUCCAAAACCAUUAUCAGGCGCUGAAGUUCUUUCACAAUAUGAAAAGUUUACUCAGAAUGUUGGUGAAAGUUUGGCGGGUACCUUGCUUGGACAGGAGGGGAAGACAAAGGAUAACAUUAAUUCUCGAUUUGAUAUGGAAAUCAUGGGAAUACAACCAAAACUUCAUGCGACUCCCACAGAUGAUGGAAAAAUUUUAUUUCACAAUGCACCUUAUACACUUUUUGGACCUAAAAGGAAAGCAUUUUGUGAGUUCUUGACAAAAAUCAAAGUCCCAGCUGGUUAUUCUGCAAAGAUUUUUGCCAAAAUUGGAAGACGGCUUAUUGGGAAUAGAUAUUGUGAGAUGGAGAUGAAUGAAUUGAACAAAGCACAAGCCUACGUUCUAAAGAACUAUGAAGAGGCUUCUCCAUAUACAGGCAUUCACAAGGAAUAUUUAAGGACACAGAGCACCAAAAAUGUAGACAAGCGGCAUGAGAAAGAGUUCUUUCAGUGGUUCAAGAACCAUAUAUCAACUAUGUAUUUCAAAGGAGAUCCUUCUGUUUCUGAUGAAUUGUUUGAUGUAGCAAGAGGACCCGAUACUAGAGUGACACAUUUCUCAAGUUAUAUGGUCAAUGGAUGGAGAUUUAACACAAGGGACAGAGACGCCCUAUUUCAAGUGCAAAACAGUGGAGUAUUUGUCAAGGGCGAUGAAGGAACUGGAAACAAAGAUUACUUUGGUGUCUUGAUAGAUAUUGUGGAGCUUUUAUAUGGGACUCAUAAGGUUGUUCUUUUUAAAUGUGAAUGGUGGGAUGUACAUACAACAAGGGGAGUUAAAGAAGAUAAGUAUGGGUUCAUAAUGAUAAAUACUACUCGCAGGCUGUCAACAGAUGAGCCAUAUGUUUUGGCUUCGCAAGCAGAGCAAGUAUAUUAUGUGAAUGAUACUCAAGAUCCAAAAUGGUAUGUCAUGGUAAAGACUAAACCUCGUGAUUAUUUUGACACUCCUCCCACAGAUGAAGAAGAUGCCACUACUAAAUCAAGUAAAUCCAGUCCUGAAGCUUGCCAAGAAAAUGAAGUAAUAACUGUGCCGAAUCCAAAUACAAUAGAAGAUGAUGACACAAGUAUAUUGGACACACCUCAAGUUGAAGCAGAAGCUGAAGGUAUGUCUGUGGCUGUGGAAGGUAAUCCGAUACUCCAUUACGAGGGUGACGUUGAGGAUGAAGAUGAGCAACAAGAAUCUGAAAGUGAUGACAGCGAAGGUGGUGAGUACAUGGAUUCAGAUGACGAAGACAGUGAAUCAGAAGAAGAAAUAGAUGAUGACUAG